AUGCAGACUUUCUCUGGACCAGUAGCAGAAGGGCUGAGUCGAAAGGAAUAUGAGUUUUCAAUUUCACCAGAACCUGCCAAAUCGCUCUCCAAAGUGGCCGUGGCACUCCCACCAGCAGGACCUCGGUUUCCCUAUUUCUCUCUUCCCAUGUUCCCAUGGCCAAAACAAAACAAAACAAAAAAUGCUCUAAGUCAUCUUCAAGUUCAAAGGAUUCAGCAAACAAUAGCAAGGCGGAGGCACCAGAAACGGACACCUGAUUUCCAUGACACAUAUGGUAAGGCUGUAUUAGCUAAAGAAACCAUUUUCUGUGUUGCAUAUACAGCAACACAAACUGGAAUAGAAGGGGACCUAUCCCCUGUUGGCAGAGUUACCCCAAAGGAAUGGAGAGAUCAGUAA